ACUGGCUCUGGUGCAGUUCUGCUGGAACUCACUCAUUGGGACUACUUGUUUCUCUGUUUCAGCUGCGGGCUCGUUUGAUGAUGAGUGUCAUUGCAGUCCAGUCGGUGAAAAUGGUGACAGCCAACAUGUUGCUGAGUGUCUUCUUUGUUUCAGGUGCUCUGGCUGAUUGUUAUAGAGAGCCAGCCCUCUUCAUUACUGCACCAAAAAACAUGGAAGCACUGAGUGGAUCUUGUCUGCUAAUCCCAUGUAACUUUAGAACUAAACCAGAUCAGGACUUCAACAGCAGAAGAACAACCUUCGGAGUGUGGAUUAAAAAGGACUACGUAUUUGGCAAAGAUAUAAAUAAUGUUAUAUUCAACAGUAGUGGGCCAGUUACCACCUAUCCAAUGAAUAUUACUGGAGACCUGAGUCAGAAACAAUGCACCACCUUGUUUUCUAGUUUAAUCACAAGUUACACAGACACAUACUACUUCAGAAUUGAGAACAGGCCAAUUCUGGCAACAGCUGAGUGUGAUCCUCUUCAAAUUACAGUUAAAGAUUCCCCCCCGAGGCCCAGAAUUGAGAUCCCAGGUGAUCUGAAGGAGAAGGAGUCUGUCACUAUAAGCUGCUCAGCUCCCACUCCCUGUCCACACUCCCCUCCUAAACUCACCUGGAAUCUCCAACAAGACCCUCACAACAACAGAGAGGAGAACACAGAUCAGACCUUCACAACUAAAAUCCAGAAGACCAUCACUCUGUCAGACACACAUGAUGGACUCACCAUCAGCUGUUCUGCCACAUAUCCUGUGAAUGAAGGAAGAGUCAAGACAGCAGAGGAGAGAAAGACUCUCAGUGUCUCAUAUGCUCCCAAGAACACCUCAGUGUCCAUCAGUCCAUCAGGUUUGGUGUCAGCAGGUAGCUGGGUGAACCUGACCUGCUCCAGCAGAGCCAAGCCCCCCCCCAGCUUCAGCUGGUUCAAGAACAGCAAAGAUGGAGCCCUACGUGUAGUUGAAGGAGACUUUUACAGCUUCAAUGUGACCAGUGUCACAGAUGGAGUUUAUUACUGUGUGGCCACAAAUGAUCUCGGUAAUCAGAUGUCAUCUUGGAUUCAUUUGAAGAGUGCAGAAAACUCUGAUAGCUCUCUAAGAUGGGCUUCAUCUGUUGGAGGGAUCAUCAUCUUCAUCAUCUUCCUUGCUGUCUGUGUUUGGUGGUUUAAGACAAAACGUCAAACUCCUCAACCGGCUCAGAGUCAAAGAGGUGAAGAGAUGAGUCUUCAAAUGCCAGCCGGCAAAACAGAAGAAGACAUCCAUUAUGGAGAUAUUGACUUCUCCAGGCGGAGACCUGAAGCGUCCUCGUCCUCAGAGCAGGACAGAGGACAGCAGCAGGACUCUCUGUAUGCACAGGUCAAAGUGUCCCAGACAGCAGACAGCCGAACACAGACUGUUGACGGCCCAGAGGAUCUCUAUGCUCAAGUGAAGAAAAAAUGA